AUAGAGUCUGAAGAAACAACGAGGCGACGUCUCACUUGAGACGAGGAGGAUUGCAACAGUAUCGGAAUGUUUUUCUAGUUUUUAGGAAAUGUGAAGAACCUGUAUGUAUUCCUUUGAGCUUGUCCUGUAGGCAGAAACGGGGUCUACAAGUGCUAUUGAAAGAUCUAAAGACCUUCAGGACGUGAAACAGUAGUCAGCUAGAGACUGGUUUUCUUUGGGAAUUCCUUCAAAAAGCCUACAGAAAUACAUAGAUAAAACAUACUGUUAACGCUUUCCUAAGAUGUUGCUGAAAUGGACAUUUCUUUUGGGUCUCUUUCUGCCGUCAUGCAGUGGAUGUGCGAGUGGAUAUACAUUUGUUAAAAGGAAAUGUGUUGAUAUAGAUGAGUGUGUGACAGAUCCGGGUCUGUGUGGUGAUCAUGCUCAGUGUUUCAAUACACCUGGAAGUUACUACUGCAACUGUAAUGAAGGAUUUCGAUCAGCAGCAGCCAAUUUCACAGCAACAUCGGGGGAGUGUAUUGAUAUCAAUGAGUGUAUUGAGAAAACACAUGAAUGCCAAGGUGAUAUGAAGUGUAAGAACACUAUCGGCUCCUUCGAGUGUAUCUGCCCACCUGGAUUUCAUGAACCAACAAAAGGCUCAGGAUGUGAAGAUGUGGAUGAAUGUGUGUCCUCAGUGUGUGGAGUUCACAGCAGUUGCACUAACACACUUGGCAGCUUCCACUGCAUCUGUUCUCCAGGGUUUCUCAAACAUGAGAACGGCUCCUGUACAGACAAAGAUGAAUGUAAAGGUGUGCCAGAUGUUUGUGGCACAAACGCCAACUGCUCCAAUCAUCAGGGCAGCUACAGCUGUAAAUGCCAUGAGGGUUACAGUAACUAUGGCAAUAGCCAAUCAAAAUGCACUGAGAUGAGCUGCGACCACUUUGAGUCUGACACAGAGGACACGCCUGCAAAGUUGAAGACUUUACUGGCGCUGUUGAGGAGCAGCUGUGAGUCUCUGCGUGGCCCAAAUGGCCAUCAGACAGGAGAGCAGUUACUGGAGAACUUGUUUACUUUCACCGACGAGCUGCUGUCGGGUGAAAACAUCGCUGACGGGAAGAUGCUGAAUCAUUGUCUUGACGCGGUGGAGAACAGCAUGCGUCUGAUUGGACCUCAGCUGAAAGAGCCUGUGACCAGGAUGGAGACGCACAACACCUUUGCUGAGGUUGCGGUCAUGCGGGGGCAGACUCCGCCCAGCGGGCGUGUCAUUCUGAGCACAGACUCCGCCCUCUUCAACACCAGCUGGGAAACAGUUGUAGGCAAAUCAUAUCCAGGUUUUGCGUUCGCGGCUCUGGUCAGUUAUAAAGAUCUGAACUCAUCUAGUGAUCUGCUCCACAAGAUGAGCAAUGAGAGAUCAGAUGAUAAAGAGAGAAGUGUCACUUAUCAACUCAACUCUAAAGUGGUGACUGCCGUCGUCAGUAAUGCAGAAACCAAGCAGCUGUCAGAGUCGGUGACGCUCGUCUUUAGACACGUGGAGGAGAGGGUGGAGUCUGAGGGCGUGGCUUACUCCUGUGUGUACUGGGAUGAGGCUGAGGGGGCGUGGUCUGAGGAGGGCUGUGAGAGGUCGUGGUCUAACAGCACUCAUACAGUGUGUUACUGGUCUCAUUUCAGUAGUUUCGCUGUGCUCAUGGCUCUCUAUCCUAUCCAGGACGCAUUUGAUUUGGUGUUGAUCACGCGUGUGGGUUUAGUUCUGUCUCUGGUCUGUUUGUUUCUCUGUAUCCUGACAUUCCUGUUCUGCCGCUCCAUCCAAGGAACCCGAACCAGCAUUCAUCUCCAUCUGAGCAUCUGUCUCUUCAUCGCAGACCUCGUCUUCCUCUCUGGGAUCUCCAUGACUCACAAUCAGGUAGCGUGUGGGAUUGUGGCCGGUCUGCUUCAUUUCUUCUUCUUGUCUGCGUUCUGCUGGAUGCUGCUGGAGGGGGUUCAGCUCUACCGGAUGGUUGUGCUGGUGUUUCACACCACAUUAAAACACCUCUACAUGUAUUUGGUCGGAUACGGAGUCCCUCUCUUCAUCGUCACCAUCUCUGCCAUCGCCUUCCCAGCAGGAUAUGGGACCAGUAGACACUGUUGGCUCUCUCUUGAUCGCUACUUCAUCUUGAGUUUUUUCGCACCCGUCUGCAUCAUUGUGAUCCUCAAUGGUUUUGUCUUCAUCAUCACUGUGUGGAAACUGGCUAAAAAGUUCUCCAGUCUCAAUCCAGACCUCUCCAAACUCAACCAGAUCAGGAGUUUCACGGUGACCGCUGUGGCUCAGUUGUGUGUUCUCGGAGGAACGUGGGUCUUUGGCUUCUUCCUCUUCAAGGAGGAAGGGACUGAAGUGAUGUUGUACCUCUUCAUCAUCCUCAACACUCUCCAGGGGGCGCUCAUCUUCCUCAUGCACUGCCUGCUGUCCAAACAGGUCAGGAUGGAGUAUUACAAUCUGUUUGUCCGAAUGUGUCCACACAAGAAGAAACCCAAACGCAGAACCAGUACCAGCCAGACCAACAGCAGUCAGAAACCUCUGCGGAGCGACGGAAGCACAGCAGAGUCACAGAUGUAAAGCACUUGUCAUGGGCUGAAAAGACACAUAGAGACUUUCUGUGUCAAAUGAAGUCUUUUCACAAGCUUUAAUUCAACAGUACACUUUCACAGACAUCAUCUGAUGAAUACUGCUGAUGCUUGUUCAACACACGGGAUAUGCAUCAUCUGUUACUGGAGACGGAGAUAUAUAAAGGAAAAAAUAUAUUAAAACAAGUUGAGUGAUUCUGACAGUGUUAAGGCCAGCAGAGAAGGAUGACCUCUGCAGACUGUUGUUUUAUAAUGAUAACUGUUGCAUUGUGUUGAGGGAGAGCAUCGUUUUGUUAUUUUUAUUAUACCAGUUAAUGAAGUCAUUCUUUAGAAGCGAUGUCAAAACAUCUUUAUAUUUUAGCUCAUGAGGAUUUCUAACAGAUUUCUAAGUUUUUUCUCUUGUUUCUGCCUCCAUUAUACAGAAAUGUAAUGACUGUUGCAACCAAAAGUGAUAUGUAUGUUUAUAUUUCAUUACAUUGGUAAAGAUUUCUUUUUAUAUGCAAUUUUCUACAUGCAAACUAAAAUUAAUUCAUUUUAAUGAGUGAAAGAGGAAUGAAUGGGCAUAUAAAUGAAUAAUUGUCAUGUUAUAUAUUAAUAUAACUAAAAACUUUUUAUCAUUCUUAAUUAAUUUGAAGAUUGAUAUUUAUACACUGUAUUUGCUCUCUCUGUAUAGUCUUAGCAUGUUGAUGAGGAAACAAGUGCAGAAAGUGCUGGAAAGUGGACAUGUUGAGGAGCUGACACAAGCAGAGGAAACAUGUGGUCAGCUUAUUAUUCUGUGUUGCGCCUCCCCCUUCAGAUCUGAGAGAGUAUUGCGAGAAUAUGAGCACAUGAAGAGAAAAUCAGCCCAAUAACAAUCAGGUAAAUCGAUCAGAAUGAGCAGAUGACUCAAAACUGGAUUCUAUUAUUAUGUAUAACUUGACACCUCUUUUUUUAUCUUUUGGAUAUGUUAUUGCACAUCAGCAAUAUAAUUGAAAAUAAAUAAAAAAAAUUAUAUAUUUCUAUGGUGAAAUUUUAGUACAUUUUCUGAAUCGUUUAAAAAUAGUUUGAACUUGACAGUAACUAUAAGAACUUAGAUUUCUUAAACAUUUGAGGGCUGACUGUUUAAUGAAUAUGACGCAAUGAAGCAGAAGUUUUACAAGCUGUCACUUGUUUCAGAUGAGAAAAUAUUUUUACAGUGCUAAAUGUUUUUGAAUGAUACAGUUGAAU